CCUGUUGGCUGUCUGGGCUGCAUUCUAUGGCGGAAAUUGGCUCUCCAUCGCAUUCGCAAAGUCUGUGUCAUUUCUUUCUCGCCUCCAACUCGGUUCGCGACUGCGGCAGAUGGUUCGAUGGCUGUGCACUUCCAGCGAGUCCGCUCAACGGAAAUCAACCACAACAGCAGUAGCAGAAACAGUACUAGAAGAAGAUGCGGAUAAUAGAACGGAGACGACAGCCGUAGCAGAAACAGUACCAGAAGAAGAUGCGGAUAAUAGAACGGCGAGAAUGGCACAAGAUGGUCUUGCACUUGCAGAAGCCAUUGUUCCUUCAGCAACAAACUCCAUGAAUCUGUCUUCGACGAUUGCCCGACGCGCACUCGCGGCGCCAGGUGCUGCUGCAUUCCAAGCUCUGGCGUUUGGGGCAGCUACUACGCGCACUACAGGAGGUGGUGUCCUCGCUAAUUCCGGUGGUGUGCUGGAGCUUCUAGGAGGUUCAUCAUCUUCGUCAACUGCUCUUCGAGGUCUAGGUUCGGAUCUGUCACCUAGAAAUCGCGCGUUGGUCCUUGGGGGACUACUUCUGAUGGCGUCACUGUUGUCGCUUUACGUGGCAGCUGCGGUGCUGGAUGUGGUUAGCUGGAUUGUCAGCCUGUUGUUGUGGUGGGCCGUCGCGUUCGAGAGCAGCAAAGUUGCGAACGAGUCAGCUGAGACCAUCGUUGAAGUUCGCCAAAUUUUCACGAUUUUGGCAGUAGAGGACCUGCUCGACGAAGAUGAGAUCGACGAGGUCAAAGAACUACGUGAGCCUGAUGAACAUGAUCUUCAUCGGAGGGGCAUUGAAAAACAAGAAGAAGCAGGACGAGGUGUUCAAGGCGGUGGCUCUCCAUCUGCGUACAUCGUGCAGCAACGAGUCAUAGUGAAAAGCAGGAGCAUCAGCGGGACAGGAAUAGCACAGCUUGGCCGGUCCUCGCAGGGUCAACAUGAGACCCUAGUACAAGCGGCAACACAGAGGGCUCUAGAGAGCAGUGCAAGAAGACUACUUGGGGGUGUCGAAGCACAGUUGCGCAGGCGCUUAGUCUUCUGGGUUUCAUCCGCUCUUUGGUGCACCGUUUUGCUGGAAUUACCACUGUUUGGAUCGAUAUUCAACUUGUGUUAUGAUCUCACUAGUCGUACUCGUAGUCUGCUUGCUGUUCUUGGUCGUGUUCUUUGUUUAACUACAUCUUCAUGUUGUAGAAGAGCUAGCCUUUGUCCUUCAUCUUGUAGUUGUGUUUCAUUCUCACUUGAUAGAACCUCCAAGAAGAAGAAUAGGCCUUGUAGUUCUUUCUCUCUUCUAGUAAGUACUUAUCUUCUAUCUAAUGUCCGACUCCAGUUUUCCUCGCUACGUUGCAGCUUCUGGGUGACACACCUGGUGAAUAUCUCAUGCUCUACGUUGCAAGACCCUGGCUGCGUUUCCGGCAAAUCGGUUUCCGUAUUUUUUGGUCCUCUGCGACGCGAAGCUCUACUAGGAGCUCAGGCUCCUCAGCUUCUUCACGCGAACAAGUAGGAACCUUGAAUAGCAAUAGAAUAACAGGGCAAGCUGCUAUUAGUAGCGGUCCAACUGGAAAUGAAGAUCAACACUUUCAGGUGACUAGAGAUGAUGUAAAACCGACUGCCCCCGCCCUUGGACCCGCUUUGAAGAUGCCUGUUCGGAAAGGAAAGCAAGACGAGGAUGAACUUUUGCAGCCUAGCACUUCCUCCACGACUACGCCAAGAACACAAAGAGACCGAAACAAGAUAAAAAUUCGGAACACGGAGCCGCCCGCGAUCGCAUCAGCCUCAGAAUCCCUGACGACGCCCAUGCUUGCUGCGACAAAGAAUUUACAGGAGCCUUAGAAAAGACGACAUUAUCAUUAAAUGGUCAAAGUGACUUUGACCAUUUAAUGAUAAUCUCGAAGGCAGCACUAAAUUAGUGCCACGACUAAUACGUGAGGACAUGUGUGAAGAAGUAAGUCAAAGGUAAAUGUUAAUUUUUUUGACAGCAGACUGCUCGGGAUCAUGAUGUGCGGGCUGUAACAAGAAUGUAAACCUAAAGGAUUCAUCAAUGCGAAGACUGUGAAGAUUUUUUAAUACAGCAAGGAUAGAAAGUAGUUUACGUUUGUCGACUAAGCUGUCGGAAUGAAAGAGACGUCGUGGUCGCUCUCAUCCCUACAAAUUGUCCUCGCCAAGUCAAACACCACCAAGCAACGCGCUCGGCCUCAUAGUAUUUAGACUCUUGCCAUAUUAACCCUGAAUGUUGUUUCACUGUAAUUGUAUCUAUACUGUCCUUAUAAUCAAAUACCAAUGUCCACAGCCAGCUCACGUUGUUCUUCAUGCUGCCAUCGCAGUUGAUACGACUUCUAUUCCUGAUAGCAAAAGGAAUUCGAUGGGCCAUAUCGAUCACAAUUUUUUUUAGCAGGACAAAAAUCUAAAAAGCGCAUGUCGUGAC